ACUUUUAGUUUGAAGACAUUUUGCUGGCUCCUGUUGUUGGUCUUAGCAACGCGUCGGUCGUGUAGGGCUUCUGCUUUCUGACCAUGUAGCGUUAGCUAGCAUCUAGUGCUACACGGUUUCUCCAGAAACUCGCACUGUUGAUAGUCUCUGAAGCCAUCAUUAAGACACCAGUCACAGGGGGAUGCUCCAAUGCCUUUGGUGUGACUGACAGACCCACUUGGAACCAUCGCUAUGUCGGUGAUCAGCAGCCUUGUCCCCGCGCGUUUCCUCACACUCAUAGCCCACCUCGUCAUUGUCAUCACCAUAUUCUGGUCAAGGGAAAACAAUGUUAGGGCUUCAUUGCCAUUGCAAUUUACAGAAGAGGCAUAUGAUGAGGAGGACACUAGGUUGGUGAUAGGACUGUCUGUCACUCUGGGCCUGUUUUUCAUAGAACUGUCGGGGUUUUUCUCUGGAGUAUCAAUGUUUAACAGCAGCCAAGGGCUCCUUUCCUUGGCAUCCCACUGCAGCGCGUCUAUCUGCCUGUCCUUCUUUGUGUUCCAGAAGUGGCAAUGCUGGACCUACUGGUUCAUUUUUGGCUUUUGCAGUGUGUUUCCAGCCCUUGUGGAGGUUGUCCUCUUCUUUGCUGUCUUUGGAUUAAAAAAGAAGCCCAUCUGAGCUGCAGUUAUUAUUCCAACAGCUGUUUCUUGAAAAUAUGACUAACCACACCAUGACAGUGGUUGACAGUGUAUACAAUCAGUUUUUUAGCAUAUGUUUACCAUCUACUGUAUGCUGUGUGUGAUUUGUUUUGUACGAUUUAAUUGUCUUUUCUCCUCUGAUGUUUAAAUAAACACUUUUUUACAAU